GCUCGACGCCACACACCCAUUGACGAAGUGGAGCGCGAUGGCCGACAUCCACAAGCGCAUGUCCAUCGCCGACGAGCCCGACACGGAGCCCGAUGAUGUCCUCCUCUCGGACCACGCGCCGUCGGCAAUCGAGGCUGCCCACGACCAUGCGCCGCCGGCGCCAAGCCAUACGUACCGGCCCGACAUUGACGGUCUCCGGACGCUCGCGGUGGUCCCCGUCCUCGUCUUCCACGCGAACCCAAAGCUCUUUCCCGGCGGCUUCAUUGGCGUCGACAUCUUCUUCGUCAUCUCUGGCUUUCUCAUUUCCGGCAUCCUCUUCAAGGAGCACAAGCGAGGCAAGUUUACGUACGCGAGCUUCUACGAGCGCCGCGUCCGCCGCAUCUUCCCGACGCUCAUCAUCGUGCUGGGCGCGACGCUCUGGCUCGGGUACCUCUACCUCAUGGCGCCCAAGCUCAAGCUCAUGGCGGCGACGAUGUUUGCCGGCACACUCUUUGCCGCCAACCUCCAAGUGCUCUCGCUGGAGAAGGCGUACUUUGACUUGGGCGCGAACCCGGUGCUGCAUCUCUGGUCGCUCGGCGUCGAAGAGCAGUUCUACAUUCUCUGGCCGUGCUUCUGCGCGAUCAUCAUGAAGCUCUCGUACAAGCGCGCGAUCAUCCUCCAAGUGGCUUUCAUGGCCUUUAGCUUUGCCAUCAACAUUGCUUUUCUGGGCUUCCGCGACAACAAGGUGUCGUUCUACAUGCCGCUCUGCCGCUUCUGGCAAAUGUCGAUGGGCGGGCUCCUCUCGUACAUCACGUCGCAGGCGGCACCGGCGUUCGAACCUUUGGCGGCGUCUGGCAAGACACCCCCGAGCUCGGGCGGGUGGACAUCGGCCGCCGGCCUUGGCCUCAUCCUCCUCGGCUUUGCCUCGAUCAACGAACACCGCGCGUUCCCCGGCUUUUGGGCCCUCUUGCCGACGCUUGGCGCCACGCUGCUCAUCGCAGCCGGUCCACACGCGCCGCUCAACCGCUAUAUCCUUAGCAAUGCCGUCGUUGUGUACAUUGGCAAGAUCAGCUACUGCCUCUACCUCUGGCACUGGCCAAUCCUUGUCAUCUCGGGGGAUCGGUACCCGGCGUCGGCGCCGCGCCCGUUCUUUGCCGAGCCCUGGGUCAUCCUCCUCAUCUCGGUGGCCCUCAGCAUUGCCACGUACGAGGACGUCGAGCUGCGUCUGCGCCGGCGCAAAUCCAAGUGGAUCACGCCACUCUUGGCGCUCGGCGUUGCAGGCCUCGCAGCGCUGUCGGCCGCCGUGUACACCAAUCCGGCGAACUUUUCGAUGAUCGAGCUCAGCUUGCGCAACGUCGCGCCGCCGAUCGUGCAUUCGGUGGGCGCGACAAAUGCUACGUCCGGCAACGUUCAAGCCUCGCUCAAGCAAGCGCAGGCAGCGAUCUACGACGGCAACUGGCAAAAGGACUUGAGUGAGUGCCCGAAGGAUUCGCCGUACCUCAUGGAAGCUGUCCGCCCCGACGACUUUCAAUCGCGCGACAACUAUUUCCUCCCCGGCGGCGUCUUCCUCGUCAACCCGGGCCACGAGAAGGACAACGGCCUUUUGAUCGUGCUUGGCGACUCGCACUCGGACAUGACCAAGCCGCGCCUCGCCCAGCUCUACGAAAACGCCAAGGCCGCCAAGAACGACUCGACGUUUCCCACGAUCGCCAUCAACAGCUGGUCCGGGCGUCCGCUCAUGCCGUGCCGGGCCGAGUACUACGCCAACCUGGCCAUGAUCAAGUCGGUCAAGCCCCAGGCGAUCCUGCUCGUCCAGCACUACUACCAGUACGUGCACCCGACGGGCCCAGACUCGCUCCCGUACGAAGCGCCGCCGCAGUGCUGCUACGAGGACAACCGCCAGUGCCCUGAGCAAAGCAUCCACGACGUCAACGCCAUGUGGUCGAUGAUGGAGAAGGAUCUCAAGGAGCUCACCGACAUGGGCAUCAAGGUGUUCGUCGUCGACCAGAGUCCCGAGUACGAAGAGAUGAACCCGUCGACUUGGAUCUCUGGCGACACGGUGACGAUGCCCAAGCCUAUGUUCAAGUCCGAGUUCAACCGCGAGUACAAGUGGCUCCUCGACCCACUGCAUGCGAUGGUCAAGAACGCUGGCGCGACGCUCAUCGACUAUGCCGACAACUACUCGCUCGGCGACGAAAUCAUGAUCACGGACGCCCAAGGGUACCCGGUCAUGUGCUACGGCUUGCAUCUGAACACGCAUUUUGCCCGCAACUACCUCACGGUCAUCGACCAAGUCGUGGACGCCGCCCGUCUCCAGAAGUAAGCAGCGCAGUAUACCGUCGAUAUAGAACCGUUUAUGUCCAUCGUUUUCAUUCCUCUUCCUUCC